CAGUUAGCAAGUUAGGGGAGAAUGGGAUCGCGUGGUCCGUUCUCACCCUCACAAACUACGGUUCUGGGUCCCACUCUUCUCUUCUUGCAACUUCAUAUGAACGAAGAAACUGUAAGAGAUAGAUUUUUCGCAGAUAGGGAAAUUUUACGGAGAGAGAAGAAAGAGAGAAAGAGAACUUAGAAGCGAUGGAGGAAGUGUCAACGGGCACGGGGCCUGUAGUCCCGGCGGUAGUGAAGCCGGAGCCGGAGCGGGAGCGGGAGCCGAAGCCUAAGGCGUCUCCAUCUUCCUACUCGGCGGCGCAGCAUCCGGAUGAAGAACCAGAAGGAGGCUCGGGCUGGGGAUCGGAGGAGCUGGACAAGGACUUGCUUUGUCCGAUAUGCAUGCAGACGAUCAAGGACGCGUUCCUCACCGUGUGCGGUCACAGCUUCUGCUAUAUGUGCAUCGUCAUACACCUCCGCAACAAGAGUGAUUGCCCCUGCUGCUCCCACCACCUCACCCUCCACCAGUUAUUCCCCAACUUCUUGCUCGAUAAGCUACUGAAGAAGGCUUCUGCUCGUCAAAUAUCCAGAACCGCUUCUCCUGUGGAACAAUUUCGUCACGCAUUACAGCAGGGUUGUGAAGUAUCAAUUAAGGAGCUAGACACCCUUUUGUCACUCCUCACAGACAAGAAGAGGAAAAUGGAACAAGAAGAAGCCGAGAGAAAUAUGCAAAUAUUGCUAACCUUCUUGCAUCAUUUGAGGCGCCAAAAAAUUGACGAGUUGAAAGAGGUACAAUCUGAUCUACAGUUUAUUAAAGAGGACAUAACUUCCGUAGAGAGACAUAGAAUGGAGUUGUAUCGAGCGAGGGACAGGUACUCUGUCAAACUGCAUAUGCUUGGAGAUGACUCUAGUGCCAGAAAAUCAUGGUCUUCAUCAAUGGAUAAGAACAGCAGUGACCUUAUCUCCAGUUCUCUAUCUGCACGUGGAGCGAUGGCUACAAGGAAUCUCCAAAAUAAGAAAGCAGAUGGAAAGUCUCAAGUAACCUCUCAUGGGCUACCGAGAAAGGAUGCUUUGAGUGGCUCAGAAUCACAGCACAUCAACCAAUCAGGUUUAUCUGUAGCAAGAAAAAAGCGGGUCCAUGCUCAGUUCAGUGACCUACAAGAGUGUUACCUGCAAAAGAGACGUCAGUUGGCAAACAAACCACUUAGCCAGCAGGAGAAGGAUAAAAGCAUUACCCGAGAGGGUUAUAAUGAGGGUCUUGCAGAUUUCCAAUCGGUUUUGACUACCUUCACGCGGUACAGUCGAUUGAGGGUCAUUGCGGAACUUAGGCAUGGUAAUCUAGUCCACUCAGCGAAUAUAGUAUCAAGCAUUGAAUUUGACCGUGAUGAUGAACUGUUUGCUACUGCUGGAGUAUCCCGGUGCAUAAAGGUUUUUGACUUCUCCACGGUUGUGAAUGAACCUGCUGAUAUGCACUAUCCUGUUGUGGAGAUGGCAACGCGUUCAAAACUCAGCUGCCUGAGUUGGAACAAUUUUACUAAGAACCACAUUGCCAGUAGUGAUUAUGAGGGAAUUGUGACCGUUUGGGAUGUAAUCACUCGACAGAGUGUCAUGGAGUAUGAAGAGCAUGAAAAACGCGCGUGGAGUGUUGAUUUUUCGCGUACAGAACCAUCUAUGCUUGUAUCUGGUAGUGAUGAUUAUAAGGUCAAAGUUUGGUGCACGAAUCAGGAAUCUAGUGUUCUUAACAUUGACAUGAAAGCAAAUAUAUGCUGUGUCAAGUAUAAUCCUGGAUCUAGCAAUUACAUUGCGGUUGGUUCUGCAGAUCAUCAGAUCCACUACUAUGAUUUAAGAAACAUCAGUCAGCCACUCCAUGUGUUCAGCGGGCACAGGAAAGCCGUUUCAUAUGUGAAGUUCUUGUCAAAUAAUGAGCUUGCUUCUGCUUCUACAGACAGCACACUGCGGCUAUGGGAUGUGAAGGAGAACUUGCCAGUUCGUACCUUUAGAGGCCACACAAACGAGAAAAACUUUGUGGGCCUGACGGUAAAUAGCGAGUACAUUGCAUGUGGCAGUGAGACAAAUGAAGUGUUUGUCUACCAUAAGGAAAUCUCCAGGCCCGUGACUUGGCAUAAAUUUAGUUCUCCCGAUUCGCAUGAUGCUGAUGAUGAGGUUUCGUCUUACUUCAUUAGUGCUGUAUGCUGGAAGAGCGAUAGCCCUACCAUGCUAACUGCUAAUAGUCAGGGCACCAUCAAGGUGCUAGUUCUUGCGGCUUGAUAACUUAGAAGCAAGAUGAGAAUAUUUUAGAGCGGAGGGAGGGCGAAAUUGAAUUGGAAUGACGUGUUUUCCAAUUGUUCAAUAUAAUUUGAUUUUGUAUAUAUCAUUUAUAUUUGGUAAUCGGAAGGCUUUAGAGCCUUUGAGGCCAUGGCCAUGAUUGUGUAAAAUUCAUAAUAUGUUGGUCAUGGCAGUGCAGCUUAGUUUGUAUU